AUGGAAAAUAGAAAAACAGAGGGAAAUUUUAACCACGAAAGUGACGAAGAGGAGACUGAGGACGAACAAGACAAAGGCAAGUUGCAAACAGUGGAGGAGGAUUUAAUUGAAGGGAAUUGUGUCAAUGAUGAAAUCACUAAUUCAAAUCCUGUUUUGGAAACAUCCAUGACAUCUACAACAGUAAACAAAAAUGUAAAAUCUAUGCCAAAACGUACGAAACCAUAA